UCAAAUCUCUCCUCUCCCAGUUCCGUCACGAUCUGCUCGCUCGCUCUCUCUCUCUGUUUCACUCGCCGACGAUGAAGGGCCGAGGAGGCAGUGCCAAAAUCUCUACCAAGUGGAUCCCAUUUUUCUGCGUCUCUUUCUUCGUUCUCGGACUUCUCUUCUCCAACAGAAUAUUGGUACUACCCGAAUCCAACGGCCAGCUCAUGUCCCAGCGGCGACGUGAGCAAGAGCUACAAAUCGUAUCCGAGGAUUGCAACACCAAGAGUAAGUAUUCGCCUGACAAUGAUUUAAUGGAGGAAGUUCACCAAACCCACAAAGCAAUUCAGCUUGACAGAUUGCUAGACAAGACAGUUUCCACGCUUCAAAAGGAGCUUCCGGCAAGUCGGAGUUCUCAGGACAUGUAUCGCUUGGAAGGCACGGUUUUGUCUCGUGAGGGGCCACCCAGGCAGAAAGUCUUUGUAGUUAUUGGAAUUAACACUGCUUUUAGUAGUAGGAAGAGGCGUGACUCUGUAAGGGAGACUUGGAUGCCUCAAGGGGAAAAGCUUCUCCAACUCGAGCGUGAGAAGGGGAUUGUUAUCCGUUUCAUGAUUGGCCACAGUGCAACUUCAAACAGCAUUUUGGAUAAGGCUAUUGAUUCUGAAGAUGCUCAGCACAAGGACUUUCUUAGACUGGAGCAUGUUGAGGGAUACCAUGAAUUGUCUGCAAAAACAAAAACUUUCUUCUCCACUGCAGUUGAAAAAUGGGAUGCUGAUUUCUAUGUCAAAGUGGAUGAUGAUGUUCAUGUAAAUCUGGGAAUGCUAGCUGCUACUCUUUCCCAUCACCGUUCAAAGCCAAGGGUUUACAUUGGGUGCAUGAAAUCUGGACCUGUUCUUUCCCUAAAGAACGUCAAGUAUCAUGAACCAGAGUAUUGGAAAUUUGGUGAGGAGGGGAACAAAUACUUCCGACAUGCAACUGGCCAGAUAUAUGCGAUCUCAAAGGAUCUUGCCACUUACAUCUCCAUCAACCAGCCCAUAUUGCACAAAUAUGCUAAUGAAGAUGUGUCGCUUGGUUCUUGGUUUAUUGGCCUUGAGGUUGAGCACAUCGAUGACCGCAAUAUGUGCUGUGGGACUCCUCCAGAUUGUGAGUGGAAGGCACAGGCUGGUAAUGUAUGUGUUGCAUCAUUUGAUUGGAGCUGUAGUGGAAUCUGCAAGUCAGUAGAGAAGAUCAAAUAUGUCCAUGAAAGAUGUGGGGAAGGUGAUGGAGCUGUUUGGAGUGCUCUGUUUUAAGAAUUAAUUCGGACGAUACUAGUGGCUAGAAAACGGUAGCAAAGCUAAUCAUUUUCUGUUAACAAGAAAGUGAGGUGGUUUUAUCUUCUUUCACUUAAUAUCUUACACUCCACCAUCUCAAAUUGCGAGUGCAAGGCGCAGACUCGUAAUGUAUGUGUUGUAUCGUUUGAUUAGAGCUGUAGUGGAAUCUGCAAGUCGGUAGAGAAGAUCAAUAUGUCCGUGAAAGAUGUGGGGAAAUUGAUGGAGCUGUUUGGAGUGCUCUGUUUUAAGAAUUAACUGGGACGGUGUUCGUGGCUAGAGAACGGUAGAGAAGCUAAUCAUAUUCUGUCAACAAGAAAGUGAGGUGAUUGAAGAUUGAGAUUGAGGCAGAAUUGACCAUAGAUAUGAUACAGGUCAAAUAUGUUGCCUCUAUAACUUGCACUGCUGUGACUACAUGGUGGCUGCUUAUACCGACUGAUAGCCGGUGACUACAUGGUGGCUGCUCAUAUGGACUGACAGUUGGGAGUCACUUUUUGGAGGUCUCAAACAUUAUUCUAUUACGAAUAAGAUAUUUACACUUCUUUGUUGUAACUUUAAUCUCCGAAUAGGAGUUGAAUGUAGUUUCAGAUAUAGGCACUGAUCACAACUCUUCGCAUGCAGAUGCUGUUGUAAGUGUAAUCUGUAAGAACUGGUGGUGGCUUCUUUGAAUUAGUCAUACUUAUUAAGUUAUUUAUAGCUGUUUUGACACUUGAAUCCAUAGUAAAGGAUCGCCUUAUCUUUAUGUGGAA